AAUCUAAUGACACUCCAAUCGUACACUUUUCUCUCUCAUAUCGCUCACGCCAAAACGCAAGGGGAAGGAAAGUAUCCAGAACGCCCAUCAUACUCCCCAGUUGAGCGAGAGAGAGAGAGAGAGAGGAAAGCGAGCGCUUUGUGAGCUUGGGAACACAGAAGCAACAUCAAAAUGGACGAUUACACUCGCGAGAUGAUGGACCUGAAGACCCUCGUCACUCGAACCCUAGAAAAGAAAGGCGUCCUCGCUAAGAUCCGAGCUGAACUUAGAGCGAGUGUAUUCGAGGCAAUUGAAGAGGAAGACAGGGCAAUAGAAAAGGAAGAAGGUUUACCUCCUGCUCUAUUGGGUAGCUGCAAUGACCGUGCAAAACAACUUCACGCUUCUCCUUCAGGAAGGCUGCUUACCGCAUUGAUAUGUGAAUACUUGGAUUGGGCACAACUAAGCCACACUCUAAAAGUUUAUCAGCCUGAAUGUAACUUGCAAAAGGAUUCAUGGAAAACCGAGUUAAAAGAAUUUAGUAGCAAGAAUGGCUAUGAUCUUAACAGGAAUGGUGAUAGUGCUCCUUUGCUUUUGGAUGUUCUUGAAGGAUUCUUGAAGUAUGAGAAUUUGUCCCAAGGAAGAGGUACUGGAAGGAGAUUAACCCCUCCAGAAACCGAGUCUUUCUCCAAUUUAGAAUCACGAAGCAUUAGAAGACCUUCGUCAUCAUCUGUUGCUGGUGGCUUACCUCCACUUGGAAGGCCGCAUCCUGUUUCUCAAGCAUCCGAUAGGAGAGGAGGGUCCUCCAUGACUAGCUACCGGAAAGAUGAAUACAACUGGAGAUAUGACACCGAUGAAUUGUCAGAGGAUGUCAUUCAUGCUUCAGCUGCUUUGGAAAACCUUCAGUUGGAUAGAAAAGCUCGAAAUCUGACGAGUUCUUGGAGAAAUGCUGGGGAUGGGAUGGGCGAGGAUGACAGCAGGGCUGAUCGAAUGUAGCUGAAUGGCAUUUAAAUUUCUUCAUGCGUGUACUCUGCUUUGUGUGUUUUAUCCAUCGUCCUGGAAAUGAUUUCCUGUCAUUAAAUGGGGUCAGCGAUGUAAUGCAGGAUCUAUCUAUCUUAAGAUCGGCCAUUGUGUUUUAGUGAGUUUUCUUUCAGAAGAAGUGAAGUUACGAUUUUACUGAUCCGCUUGAGGUUCCGAACGCAGUUGUUAAUGUCUGCGAAUAGUGCAAAUGUUGUAAGUGUUUGAUUGUUCUAAUUGUUGUAAAAUGGCAUUGCAAUACUUGUCAAAGUUGGCCUGGCCGCAACCUUGGAGAUGCAGGCGCUGUUUUAACCGAUGAAUUGUUUAUUUA